AUGUGUGUUACCUUGGACUCCCCUCGGCUCCCCCUAUUCAUGUGUGGAAUCUCAUUGUUGGUGGGGACAUCAUUCAGGCUAGUGUUUUAAGGUCUGGAGAAAGAGAGGGAGGGAGGCUGGUUCUCGGUCCUAGUUCAUUAGAGCUGUGUUUGGAGGACUGCACUGAGAGUGGGCACUACGUCUGAACCUGACAGCUACACUUUGGUGAAUAGGUUAGAAGAUUCACAGAUCUGUGGGAAAGGGCCAAGAAGACAGUAGUCUGAGGUUUGGAGUAUCUGACCGUAGAGAAGCCAGAGAGAGCACGAGUCCCUUUGAAGAUGACACCUGCCAGUUUGGUGUUAGCCUGGCUCCUGCUCACUGUGAGGACAGUCACCUCUGCUGUGUAUCUGGAGCCUGAGGAGGAGGGGUCAGGGGGACAGGGUUUGUUAAGCGUUGUCCCGCUGACCCCUUCUUCUCUUCUAGAGCUCAAUGAAACUGUCCUCUGCACCAAUGACCAGAUGGAGGUAGUCAUUCCCAGUGCCUUCUUCCUCAAUAAAUUGCCACCCAUUUAUGUCUGGGAUUUGCACCUAAAUGACCCAGAGUGCCGUGGUGUUGAGAUUGGAGAUGACUAUGUCUUCAGCAUCAAGACUAAUCUCUCUGACUGUGGGACGAUCAUGGCAUCGGAUGACACACAUAUUAUGUUCAUUAACACCAUACGCAACAACGAUUCGGAUGUCAUCACAAGGAACUACAUAAACAUCACGUUUGUCUGCCGCUACCCAAUAAACUACAUGGUCCAGCAACCUAAUGGGGAAAACAUGAUCAGGGUGGAUGUCAAGAUGAUCACUCUGAACACAGAAGAUGGGAACUUCUCUGUGUCCAUGUUGCUAUAUAAAGACAAGGACUUUGAGGACAAGUGGACCACUGUGCCCUCACUGACACUGGAUGACAACAUCUACGUUAAAGUUUUCAUGAUACCGGCUCAUCUUUUGCUGCGUGUGGAGAGAUGCUGGGCUACCCCAACCAACGACCCGUACAGCAACAUCCAGUACACCUUCAUUAAGGACAGCUGCCCCGUGUUGUCAAACGAACAGACGUUGACAGUGCUGAAGAAUGGACAGGGGCCAGAGGCUAUGUUCAGGAUACAAAUGUUCAAGUUCGUGGGCAGCUCUUACAAGGAUGUGUUUCUCCACUGCAAUGUUCAGAUCUGUCACAACACACCUGGGGUCUGUCAGCCUAACUGUUCUGUUGAGGAUAGCUCCAGGCGGAUGAGAAGAGAUGUUGCCAUGUCCCAUACAGUAUCUUAUGGACCAAUCAGGCGACGUCUGCCUGAGAGUGACCAACCCAGCCUGAACUCUGGAGGUGUGCUUUCGGUGGAGACGUUUGUCCUGGGAGGACUGCUGGUGGUCCUACUGCUGAUCACUGGAGUGUUCGGGAGGCUGUGGCUGAGAACCAGACACUCUUACCCAGCACAGGAGGCUGCUCAGCUCACUCUGUCCAAUAUACACCACAUCUCAGAGGUAGCCUCCUAAGAUAGCCGAGCAGACCAAUAGUCCAAGCUAUGAGAACAGAUGUCAAACGGUGCAUUCAUACAUAGAUCUACAAAGGCAGACACACAAAUGCAAGCAUGCACAGGCAUGCAUGCAGUGGUGUAGUGGAGGGUGUAUGCAAGUAUACGCCGUAUACACACUUAUUUUUCAGUGGGCAUUGCGUAUACUCACUUCUUAAUACCCACAAUGUGUAUUGAAGUAGUGUAGUGGAGGUAU